CUGACCGGAGUCACAGUUCCACCCAUGGAUGGGGAAGUUAACAUAACUCAGCAACCAGGGCCGCCUGAGAUAGCCCCUUUACCUCCAACAAUUCCGCCUUCAGUGAUACAUCCUCCACAAUAUGCCAUGCAACAGGCAUCCGGAACUGAGCAACCAGAACAGAAUCCCACCACACACAUCAAGAUCUGUGUGCUCUGUAUCUGUAAAGAUGAGACACUGUCGUGUAUUGGUCUCAGCCCAAAGCAAAAGCUCCGCACAGUGCCUGUGCUAGAGCCCCACGCCUACAAUGGAACCUUGACCAUCCUAAAUUUCCAAGGAAACUAUAUUUCUUACAUUGAUGAAAACAUAUGGAAUACAUACCGUUGGGCUGAGAAACUAAUUCUCAGUCGUAAUCCUCUGACAACUGUUGAAGAUUCUUAUCUUUUUAAAUUGCCAGCAUUAAAGUAUUUAGACAUGGGAACAACACAAGUGUCACUUGCAACCAUUGAGAGCAUCCUCAUGAUGACCCUUGAAUUGGAAAAACUGGUCUUACCUAGCCGUAUGGCCUGCUGCCUCUGCCAAUUUAAAAAUAACAUUGAGGUGGUCUGCAAGACAGUCAAGCUACAUUGUGACAGCGAGUGUCUGACGAACACCACACGUUGUGAUGAAGAAGCAUCUAUAGGGAAUGCAGAAGGAUCAUUCAUGAAGGUAUUACAAGCCCGGAAGAAGAACACGAGCACUGAGCUGACCAUUGUGCCAGAGAAAGCAUCCUCAGACAAAAAUGGCGUCAGUUUGUCAGCAUUCAUGAACGAGCAGCUAGACUUUAAUGAUGAAAGUGAUGUUAUCAGCGCACUAAAUUACAUUUUGCCUUAUUUCUCAGAGGGAAAUCUAGAAGAUGUAGAAUCAACAUUAUUACCAUUCAUUAAACUUCUUUUUUCAAGUGUACAAGAUGGAGCUGAAAAGGAGAUGGGUCAUUUGAAAAAUAACACAAAGAACCCUUCUCUUAUUCGUAAAUCCAGUAAUUCAACUUAUAAAAAUAAAUUGAAGAGACUCUAUUUUCUGGAAAAUUUGUUAGAUGCAGAAAUCCAAGAGAAAAUUGAUGAGGUUAAAAAGAAAGAAAAAAUUGCCAUGCUUAUACAUUCCAACCUUUUAGGUCCCAAAUUUAAACGCCAAAUCUUUCAAAAGAAAUUAGAAACUGCCCAACCCCAGGAAAACAGCCCAGCAAUGAUUCAGAGCAGAGGGAAAAGGCUGCUAAGAGUAAACAGGGUCCUUAAGGGCCCAAAGGGCAUACAGAAAAGGCAGUUCAAGGAAGUGGGAGAUCAGCGCAUCAAGAGGAAGCAGAAUGCCCAGCCAUUUGUGGAGAACGUUGCCAAAGAAAGAAGGCUCAGGCCAUCCUCAGGGGAGCUGGAGCCGCUUCACAUGGCCUGGAGGCCCAGGAAGUUAGUGGGAAACUCCUUCAACACAGAGCCUUCAUCCCUAAAGGAAGAUAAGACGGCAGUCUCUUCUUUUCUGAAACAAUACUCCAUGGGCAGCCCUUCUGACGCCACAGCUCUCAAUUCCCUAUCUGAGGUUAAAAACAAAUCAAAAGACUUAAGCUACACAAUUUUUGUUUUAGAAGAUGCAAAUGCCAGAGUUAGAAAUAUGAAGGCUUCUAAACCAAUCUCACAUUCCAGAAAAAAAUCCCUCUUUCAUAAAACUCGCCCUCGUGUGGUCCACAGAACACCCAAGGUCAAAAUGAGUCAAAAGUUCAGAGAGGAAGGUUCACUCAAUAGACUGAUGCUUGCAAAGAGGCCUCCAUUCUCUGCAGUGAGAAGCCUCAUAAACUCCCCUUCACGAGAGGCUUUUUCAUCUUCAGAACUGACUUCUCAGGAAAAUCCUUUUCUAGAAUUUUCUCCUUCAGAACCUUCUGCAGAAAAGACUACUGUAGAAAACACUACUGCACAAAAUGGUUUUGACGAAAAUAUUCCUACAGAAAAUACUGCUGAGCCAGAAGACACUGUCUCUCAAAUCACUGCGAGUAAGAAUGUUUCCACUGCAGAUGCUGCUGUCACUGCAGACAGCAUUAUGCCAACUGUUAAACAAACCAAUGAAACCCAAUGGGAAUACCAGAAGGUGGGCACUGGCUUACCCUCCAAGCCCACCCACUUCCCUUUCCCGUUGUUCUCAUCCCCGGGUGAUCAAUUUGAAACUCAGCUAAACCAGCAGCUACGGUCCCUCAUCCCCAACAAUGACGUGAGAAGGCUCAUUUCGCAUGUCAUCCGGACCUUGAAAAUGGACUGCUCUGAGACCCAUGUGCAACUGGCCUGUGCCAAGCUCAUCUCCAGAACAGGCCUCCUGAUGAAGCUUCUCAGUGAGCAGCAAGACGUUAAGGUGUCCCAGGCAGACUGGGAUACGGACCAAUGGAAAACUGAGAACUAUAUCAAUGAGAGCACAGAAGCCCAGAGUGAACAGAAACAACAGGAGUCCAGCGAGCUCACAAAAGAAGUUCCAGGAUAUGGCUAUAACAACAAAGUCAUUUUGACAAUAUCUGUGACUGUAGUAGUGAUGAUUUUGAUUAUAAUUUUCUGUCUCACUGAGAUUUAUUCUCAUAGAACAGCACCAGAGGAAGGUACAGAAAGGAGCUCAAGGAGCUUUUUUCGAUUUCUGCGUAAGAAACGCUCAACGGAUAGUGAGAGUAAGGGGGGCUUUUUCUGGAGAAGGCGGCCACUUUGGCUUAGGGAUAUGUACAGACCUCUCAACGCCACACGCAAGAAAAACAUGGCACAGAAACUACAUGACAAGGAUUCUUCGGACGAGGAAGAAAUUUUCAACAAGGAUACAGGGGAGCUCGCCGAAAGCUUGGCAGAGAAGAUUCCCACUACCGAGUCGGUGGCUGAGGAGGGCGGGGAGGAAAGUGAGAUGGCCCCUGAGGACGAGUGACCCCAGCCAGCCACAGGUCAACCACAAACAUGAUUUUCUAGU